AUGGAUUGGAGCCAAAUCAAGGAUCUCGAGUGCACCACCGACCGCUGGGCCGCGCCAGUGGAGACCGACGACCCGCUGAUGGCGCGUGUGCGGCCGCUGCUGGCAGGCACCCAGCUUGAGGAAGAGGCCCUGCGCUGCGCCUACUCCGCCAACGAAGACGGCUGGUCCGCCGCCGCCUUCCACGAGCGCGUCGACGGCUACGGCGCCGCCCUUGUCGUCGCCCGCACCCAAGGCGGCGCGGUCGUCGGCGGCUACAACCCCCUCGGCUUCGACGGCUACGGCCCCAAGGCCACCCUCGGCGCCUUCCUGUUCACGUGGCCCGACGGGGACCUGUCGCGGCUGCCUUUCAAACUCCCGAAGAUCUCGAGCGAUCAGAUGGCGGUCGUCGACGGCCUCGACAACGGGAUCCAGUUUGGGCCGGGAGAUCUGAAGAUCCUGCUGCAGCGCGGCGCGCCGAAACAGGCCAAGUGCAAGCUGAUCGACUACCAGCGCCUGCCAGGGGCCGUCAAGAACCUGUUCAACCGCGCGGCGGGGGAGGGGCAGACCACGGAGUUGGUGGAGCUGAGGGUGUUUGUGAGGAAGGGGGGCAAGCUCAAGUACGAGCUAGAUGGGCUGAGGUGGAAGAGCAGCUUGUCGGACGACGGCAGCGGGGAGGGGCCCCCGCCUGGGGUAUUCUCCAUGUGA